AUGUCGGAAUCAAUUGAACCAAAAACUACUGACAAAAUACCGACAGAAAGUGAAUGCGAAACAACGGGCGAAGAAAGUGUUGCCCUAAAGGCUAAAGAUGUGGAAGAAUUGGCACUUGAUUUCGGUUAUUACGAGACAACUAUUGAAAUUGAUUCAAACAAAGAAGAGCCGGCGAUACAAACGGCCAAAUUCACCAUAUUUGGGUACAGAUUCGCACAAAUCAAAUGGUCAAACGUGAUCUUCUUGUCGGUGAUGCACGUGUUGGCCGUUUACGGAUAUAUCCACUCGUGUGUCAAUCCGGUACAUUUGUUUACUCUCAUAUUUGUCAUAUUUAUAUCGUCCGCCUCCGGGUUUGGUAUGUCUGUCGGCGGACACCGGUAUUGGUCGCACCGGACCUUCAAAGCCCGACUUCCUCUGCAGAUUAUAUUAGCCGUAUUGCAGACAAUGACAGUGAAUGGGAGUAUAUUGUCGUAUUCGCGCGACCACAGGGCUCACCACAAAUGGCCGGCCACUCACGCCGACCCCAAGAAUCCCGGCCGCGGCUUCUUCUUCGCGCACAUGGGGUGGUGGCUCCUGAAGAAGCGCCCGGAGGUUAUCCAAUACGGCCACAAAGUGCCCACCGAUGACCUGACGAAGGAUCCCAUUGUCUAUUAUCAGCAUAAGCUUUACAUCCCGUUAGUAAUAGUGUUGGGCUAUGUCUUCCCAACGCUUCUCCCGGUGCUCGCCUGGAAGGAGAAUAUAUUGACCGCAUUCCUCAUCUGCAGUUGUCUCCGGACUGUCGUUGUUUUGCACCACUUGUUUACCGUCAAUAGUGUCGCUCACUUUCUCGGCGAUCGUCCUUACGAUAGAUUUAUGAAACCCACGGAAAAUAAAAUUAUAAAUUGGAUAUCAAUGGGCGAAGGAAAUCAUAACUAUCACCACACGUUUCCAUGGGACUAUUCAAACAGUGAGAAGACAUGGUAUGAGAUCUUCAAUCCGGCCACUCUUUUCAUAGACAUAUGUAAAGGCAUUGGUCUCGCGUAUGACCUCAAGAAGCCGUCCCAACACACCAUUGAUUCAGUGAUUGAACGCAAAGGACUUCCCGAGUAUUUCGCUUCCGAUAGGACAAGAAAUAUGUGCUUAAAAAUCACGAUUGGUUUCAUUGACUGGAUAUUUGGCCUAUUGUUUGCUAAAUGGCCCGUUUGGACCAUUGCUAUCAUUAAGAUUAUUUUGGGACAAAGACUUAUUGUACUCGACAAUACAUUCCUCGAGUAA